UACUCCAAUGCCUGGAUGCCCCACAAAGCCGGUGCUGACCCCAACCUGGAAGCAGCAUACAGCGUUGACACUACCAAUACAAAUCCACAAUAUUGUGCACAUUGCAUGAUUAACAAAAAAAAAAACAAAUCUACAAUAUUAUGCACGCUGCAUGAUUAAUUAGUAGCACCAGUAUCAGCCUAACUGCGUGAUCACAAGUAUCAGGAGCAGCUGACCUCCCAGAAUGCGAGUGCUAAUUAACCAUGAGCUAUCUUGUAACAAUGUCCAUGGUAGUAGUACUGGUGCUGCUUGCUGCUGUUUUCAGCGCAGCUGCGACGGUGGCGGCUCCGAGCAACGCGACGGCGGCGACCACCAGCGCUGGCCGGAACUCGACGACUGCGCCGCCGUUCGGUGCCAACCACACCGUCGGUGAGGGCGCGGGGUGGUUCUUCGAUGGCAAGGCGAACGCUUCGGCCGCCAACUACUCCGCAUGGGCCGCCAACCGCACCUUCUACCUCGGCGACUACCUCAGUUUCAGCACCAACACGGACAACACGGUGGUGCACACCACUAACGCCACCGUCUACAAGCUCUGCGGCGGCGGCGGCGACGGCGGGGCGGCUGGAUGCAGUGGCGGGUGGAAGCCUGAGGAGGCGUUCUUGGCGGUGAUGCUGACGACGGAGGGCGCCAACUACUUCUUCUCCGACGCCGGCGGCGGGGAGCAUUGCCGGAGAGGGAUGCGGUUCGAGGUCACCGUCGCGCAUGGACAAGGCCUCCCGCCGGUGCCGGCGUCGUACUAUGAGCCGCUGCUCUCCGCCGCGCCGGCUGCCGGCGUUUUGUCCGCGGUGGUCAGGCUUGCCGUCGGCGUUGCCUUCGCUGUAGUAGUACUUGUGCUCUGAAGUCUGAAUAUAUUACAUGUAGCCAAAAUUUCGAUCAAGAAGAAAUUAAAUGAGAGAAGAAUUCAGAGAAUGCGUCAAGAAUUUUACUGACAAAAAUUAUAGUAGUUCUGUAAUGGUUGUAUUAGCUUGUCUGAACUGAACAGAAUAGUUUGCUACCCAGUAAAGGCAGAAGAAUCAGAGGUAAAGUAGAAAGGCAAACUUUACGUUAGUACUGAAUCUCUGAUGGCUUCAUUUCUGAGACUGCGGGAGGCGGAGGAAUACGUGGAG